AUGCCAUCCUGGACUCACCUGGUUCGGUUUAUUGCGGUCGAGGACAGCCAGGUCCAUCUCGGCCAACUGGUGGAGACAACUCGCGACGUUGGUCGAGAUAGCGUCAAUGGCGUGGAAAUUGCCGUUUACAUAAUCAACGGCUCAAUCUUUGACGGCCGAGUGACAGACCAAGUAAUGCAUGUCAAGCAGCUUCUCUCCCCGGUCUCAACAGAAGACUGCAACUAUAUCCGCUGCCUGGGGCUGAACUACCUCGACCACGCAAAAGAAGCCAACCUGACUCUCCCCAGUGCCCCGAUCCUCUUCACCAAACCACGAACCGCGCUAGCGGGCCCAUACCCGGCGACGAUCAAUAUUCCCAAAUGUGCGCAAGACGGAACAAGUGACUACGAAGCCGAACUGUGUCUUGUUAUUGGCAAGACCGGCCGUGAUAUUCCUGAGGAGGAAGCCUUGGAUUAUGUGCUCGGAUAUACCGCCUCAAAUGACGUGUCCGCGCGAACAAUGCAACUGAUAACCACUCAGUGGUGCUUCUCCAAGGGCCUGGACGGAAGCUGUCCGCUGGGACCGGUCCUCGUCUCCCCUGCUGUGAUUCAAGACCCCCAGUACUUGUCACUCAAGGCUAUUUACAAUGGAGCGACCGUCCAGGAUGGUCAUACGAAAGAUAUGAUCUUCUCAAUCAAGAAGCAGAUCUCUUACCUCUCUCAGGGCACGACUCUGGAGGCAGGGACAAUCUUUUUGACGGGGACACCGGCCGGUAUUGGCUAUUUCCACAACCCCAGAGUGGUCCUGGAGGAUGGUGCGGAGAUUUCGGUUGAGAUUGAGAAGAUUGGGACCUUGAUUAAUAGGGUUCGAUAUGAGAGCCACUGA